AUGGCGGCGUCCUCGCUGGAGCAGAAGCUGUCCCGCCUGGAGGCCAAGCUGAAGCAGGAGAACCGAGAGGCCCGGCGGAAGAUCGACCUGAACCUGGAGAUCAGCCCAGCCCGGGCCCGGCCCACCCUGCAGCUCCCCCUGGCGAACGAUGGCAGCAGCCGCUCCUCUUCCUCAGAGAACUCUCCCCAGCAUCAAACGCACCAGCCGCGCCCCCGCCACAUGCUGGGCCUGCCCCAGCCAUCCUUCCCCAUCCCCAGGAGCAUGGAGAGUAUAGAGAUAGAUCAGAAGCUGCAGGAAAUCAUGAAGCAAACGGGUUACCUGACCAUAGGAGGGCAGCGGUACCAAGCAGAGAUCAAUGACCUGGAGAACUUAGGCGAGAUCGGCAGCGGGACAUGCGGUCAAGUGUGGAAGAUGCGGUUCAAGAAAACGGGACACAUCAUAGCCGUGAAGCAAAUGCGCCGCUCAGGUAACAAGGAGGAGAACAAGAGGAUCCUGAUGGACCUGGAUGUGGUGCUGAAAAGCCACGACUGCCCCUACAUUGUCCAGUGCUUCGGGACCUUCAUCACCAAUACAGACGUCUUCAUUGCCAUGGAGCUGAUGGGCACAUGUGCGGAGAAACUCAAGAAACGCAUCCAGGGGCCCAUCCCCGAGAGGAUCCUGGGGAAGAUGACGGUGGCAAUUGUCAAGGCACUCUACUACCUGAAGGAGAAGCAUGGCGUCAUCCACCGAGAUGUCAAACCCUCCAACAUUCUGCUAGACGAGAGGGGGCAGAUCAAGCUGUGUGACUUCGGGAUCAGCGGGAGGCUGGUGGACUCGAAGGCCAAGACCCGGAGUGCGGGUUGCGCGGCGUACAUGGCGCCUGAAAGGAUAGACCCUCCUGAUCCCACCAAACCAGACUACGAUAUCCGAGCGGAUGUGUGGAGCCUGGGCAUCUCGCUGGUCGAAUUGGCUACCGGUCAGUUUCCCUACAAGAACUGUAAAACGGACUUUGAGGUGCUCACCAAGGUCUUGCAGGAAGAUCCUCCCCUGCUCCCAAACAACAUGAGCUUCUCCGUGGACUUUCAGUCCUUCGUUAAAGACUGCCUUACUAAAGAUCACAGGAAGAGACCAAAGUACAACAAGCUACUUGAACACAACUUCAUCAAGCGUUACGAGACACUGGAAGUGGACGUGGCGUCUUGGUUCAAAGACGUCAUGGCCAAGACAGAGUCGCCCCGCACGAGCAGCAUCCUCAGCCAGCACCACCUGCCUUUCUUCACCAGGUAGCCACACGGCCAAAAUGAUGAGCCAGGGAGGGGGCCAUACCAGCGAGAGCUUACGGCCGGUCACCGCCACAGGGUGGGGACGGGGAGGAGACCCAUGGCAGCCGACCCCCCCCACACCUUUGCAAAGCAACUCUUCUGAGGCUUGGUUGAACCGUUCAUUUCACCCGCCCUCCUCGCUCUCUCCUCCAGUGUUGUCAGGGGAAGUGGGAGGUUGUUUGUUUUCUCUGGAGUGUGGGUUUAUUGCUUCCCUUCCGCUAGAGUCCUUGUGUCUCGGGCACCAGCGAGCCGACGAAGACAAGUCCCUCUCUAUCUCUGUCCCAUGUCCCCUGGAUGGGAAGGCUCUUUCCAACUUGGCUCUGCAUCUCCAGCUGGGUGAGAGAAGGCCCUUUCCAGCCUGGUCCUGCAUCUCCAGCUGCUUGAGAGCCUGCAGCCUGCAUCCCAGCCAGAUGAGAGAAGGCUCUUUCCAGCCGGCCCUGCAUCUCCAGCUGGAUGAGAGAUGGCCCCUUCCAGAUGUGUCCUGUGUCUCAAGCGAGAUGAGAGAAGGCCUGUUCCAGUCCUGUCCCUGCAUCACUGGCUGGACGAGAGAAGGCUAUUUCCAGCCCUGGCUUGCGUCUCCAGCUGGAGAAGAGAGGGCUCUUCCCAGCCCUGUCCCUCAACCUCCUUAAGACAAGAAGGCUCUGCUGGGAACCUCAUACUUCCCUUGGUCCUGAGAGGCGGCACGUCACCUGUUUAUGCCUCUCUCUUCACCCCUCCUGCCCCCCGAGAGACUUGGGGAAUGGGGAAGGGAGGCUGGGACCCUCACUCAUGCACUGUGAACAAAGACACACACAUUUUUUUUACUACUUAUUUAUUAAGUUUGGACUCUGCAGGGCUGCGGGCUCCCUGCCAUGCCCGUCCGCCAGCCACCUGCAUUGUUGUUUUAUGUCUCUCUUACUUUUCUCUCGUGUUUUGGGAUUGUAUUGGGGGAGGGGAAUGGUG